ACCAUAUCCAGCCUUCUUCACGCCCUCGCCAUGGACGCCACCCAGGACUCCCUCCUCUUCCUCUUCCCGGCCGCCACCACCUUAAUCUCCCCGCUCCUCGCCGUGCUCGUCGCAGCCUUCUCGCUGCUCUGGCUCUACCCGGGCGGGCCCGCGUGGGCGCUCAUCUCUAGGUCCCGCGCGACGCCGCCCGGCACGCCGGAGGUGGUCACCGCGCUCGCGGGUCCCGCCGCGCACCGCGCCCUGUCGUCGCUGUCGCAGUCGCUGCCCGGCGGCGCCGCGCUGUCGGCCUUCUCCGUAGGUCUCACGCGCCUUGUCGUGGCCAGCCAGCCGGACACGGCGCGGGAGCUCCUGGCCAGCGCCGACUGCCCCAUCAAGGACGCGGCGCGGGGGCUCCUCUUCCACCGCGCCAUGGGCUUCGCCCCCUCCGGCGACUACUGGCGCGCGCUGCGGCGCAUCAGCUCCGCGUACCUCUUCAGCCCGCGCAGCGUGUCCGCGACGGCCCCGCGUCGUGUCGCCAUCGGCGAGCGCAUGCUGCGGGACCUCUCGGCCGCGCCCAGCGGCGAGGUCGUCAUGCGGCGCGUGCUCCACGCGGCCUCCCUCGACCACGUCAUGGCCACCGUGUUCGGCGCGCGCUACGACGCCGCCAGCCCGGAGGGCGCGGAGCUGGAGGAGAUGGUGAAGGAAGGGUACUACGACCUGCUCGGCUUGUUCAACUGGGGCGACCACCUGCCGUUGCUCAGGUGGCUGGACCUGCAAGGCGUCAGGAGGAGGUGCAGGAGCCUGGUGAGCAGUGAAGUGUUCGUGGCGAGGAUCAUCGAAGAGCACAGGCGGAAGAAGAAGGAGGCCGCCAGUGGCGAGUCGGUCGGGAGCUUCGUCGACGUCUUGCUGGGAUUGGAGGGCGAGGAGAAGCUGUCGGACUCCGACACUUGCUGAAAUUUUGAGAUGAUCUUUCGAGGCACCGACACGGUCGCGAUCCUGCUGGAGUGGGUGAUGGCGCGGAUGGUGCUGCACCCGGGCAUCCAGUCCAAGGCGCAGGCGGAGCUGGACGCCGUCGUGGGUCGCGGCCGCGUGUCCGACGCCGAUGUGGUCCGCCUGCCCUACCUCCAGCGCGUCGUAAAGGAGACGCUCCGCGUGCACCCGCCCGGCCCGCUGCUGUCGUGGGCGCGCCUGGCCGUGCACGACGCGGUGGUCGGCGGCCACCUGGUCCCCGCCGGCACCACGGCCAUGGUGAACAUGUGGGCGAUCGCGCACGACCCCGCGGUGUGGCCGGAGCCCUCCGCGUUCCGCCCCGAGCGGUUCGAGGAGGAGGACGUGAGCGUGCUGGGCGCCGGCCGGCGCGUGUGCCCCGGCAAGACGCUGGCACUCGCCACUGUCCACCUCUGGCUCGCGCAGCUGCUGCACCGCUUCCGGUGGGCGCCGGCGGACGGCGGCGUCGACUUGGCGGAGCGACUCGGCAUGUCGCUGGAGAAGCCCCUCGUGUGCAAGCCCACGCACUCGCCACUCCGCUUCCAGUGGGCGCCGGCGGACGGCGGCGUCGACUUGGCGCCCUCCGCGUUCCGCCCCGAGCGGUUCGAGGAGGAGGACGUGAGCGUGCUGGGCGCCGGCCGGCGCGUGUGCCCCGGCAAGACGCUGGCACUCGCCACUGUCCACCUCUGGCUCGCGCAGCUGCUGCACCGCUUCCGGUGGGCGCCGGCGGACGGCGGCGUCGACUUGGCGGAGCGACUCGGCAUGUCGCUGGAGAAGCCCCUCGUGGCGCGCGGCUGCAAGAGUAGUUGGUCAUUUCCGUGUUCUGCCACCAUUCCGGUUCUGCCACCGUUACCAUUCUCAUGUCUGUCAUUCUCCCGCACAGCCCACGUCUAGCUAAAAUAAAAAAACACAUGUUUUCAAGGGGAUUUGAACCCAUGACCUCCUAAGCAAAGGCCAAGAGUAGCUACCACUACACCACAUAUGUGUUUAUGUCUAUGUUUAUGACAAGAAACACAUAUACUACAUCUCUCA